AUGGAGUCUUCACAAGAGAAACCAAAUGAGCCUGUUGGAGAUCUCAACAAGCCCUUUCGCUUUAAGGGAGCCCAUUUCAAGAGGUGGAAAGGAAAGGUCCUCUUCUACUUAAGUCUUCUCAAAGUCUCCUACAUCCUCACUGACAAGAAUCCGUCAAAAGUUCCUACCGAUGAGAUGAGUGAGGAAGAAUAUAUUCUCCAUCAAGAAAAAAUAGAUAAGUAUACAAAAGAUGAAUAUAAUUGUCGCUCUUAUCUAUUGAAUUGUCUUGCCGAUCAUUUCUAUGAUUAUUAUGAUACAACUUACAAUUCUGCUAAGAAAAUUUGGAAAGCUUUACAAAGCAAGUAUGAUACCGAGGAGGCAGGUGCAAAGAAGUAUGCUGCUAGUAGAUUUUUCCGUUACCAAAUGGUGGAUGGAAAAUCGGUGGUGGAUCAAGCACAAGACUUCCAAAUGAUUGUGGCAGAAUUGAGAUCCGAAGGCAUAAAGAUUGGAGACAAUUUGGUGGUAGCUGGCAUAAUUGAUAAACUACCACAAUCUUGGAGGGAGUUCCAAAAGACUUUGCGGCACAAACAAAAGGAGACAUCCUUGGAGACUUUGAUCACACGCAUCCGUGUGGAGGAGGAGGCUAGAGGACAAGAUGCACUCAUGACACAAGAGAGCAAUGGUAAUUCCACCACAAAGGCUAACGUAACCGAAGAGCCUUUAGUGGCUAUGAUUACAGACAUCAAUAUGGUGCAAUAUGUUGAAGGGUGGUGGGUAGAUUCCGGUGCUAAUAGGCACGUCUGCUAUGAUAAGAAUUGGUUCAAAUUGUACACUCCUUUUGAAGAAGAAAAAACUGUUAUGCUUGGUGACUCUAGUAAAACCAAGGUUCUUGGGAGUGGUGAGGUUGAAUUGAAAUUCACUUCUGGACGUGUGCUAACAUUGAAAGAUGUACUUUACACUCCGUCCAUGAGGAAGAAUUUGAUGUCAAGUUUUUUGCUUAACAAGGCUGGCUUCAAGCAAACUAUGGAAUCUGAUAAUUAUGUAAUCACAAAAAAGGGAUUAUUUGUGGGCAAGGGUUAUGCUUGUGAUGGAAUGUUUAAAUUGAAUAUUGAGAAUAAUAAAGCAUCUACCAGUUCAGUUUACUCGUAUGAGUAG